UUUCUACUCUUCUUUUGUACCCUUUUCUCUCUCUCUCUCUCUCCCGCUCUCUUAUCUUCUUGAUAGAUUUUUGUUGAGGUGCUAAUCGGUUGUGGGGAGGAGGGAGUUGAUAGAUCUGGGACGAGUCUAGCGACCACCAGCGAGGAAAGAGAGAGUGGGUGUGAAGGGGAACAAUCGGAUUAUUGGGAUUUGCUCAUGGAUCGAAUAGGAGAGGGACGAAGAGGAACGGAAGACAGAUGGAACGGCGGAAAGGAAGAUCUGGUGUCCAAUCGGGCGGUGGUGAUGAGACCGGGCGGUGGUGAUGAGACCGUCCGGUCGUCUGCCAAGGAAAGAAUCGAAGGAGGUGGGGGAUGUGGUUGAGCAGCGGGGGAGUCCUUCGCCCGCCCCCAACCAGCUAAUAUCAAGGGUGCAGCCUUGUGCUGCGUUGUUGCCACCACCGUUGCUUCUGAGCUCCGAGCAAAUCUCUUUCUUUCAGAUCUCCUUUGUUUAAUUUUUCAUUAGAUUCAUAUCUUUAUGUCUCCUGUUUGCAAAUCAUUUUGGUGGAUUAAUUUUUAACCAGUUUUAUUCGGAUCUAACCUUUAAUUUGGUGUAGUUGAUGUUAGAGCCGGAAAGGGAGGAAUUAAAGUAGACAGAGAAUAACCGGGAGAGGAAAUGAAGUGUCCCUUGAUUUUGGUUCUUUUUUUUUUUUUUUCCCUGAAUUUAGCCUUUUAAUUUCUUUUUCUUUUUUUUCUCUCUCUCUCUCUCUCAGAUUUUUUGGUUGGUUCUAAUGUUAUUUUGUAAACCUGAUCUUUUGCUUGACUGUUUAUUCUGAUGGUGCGUUAUUCUUCUCUACGUAGUUCAUUUUUGUUAUUGUGUUCACUUGAACAAAGGAAUGGGUUGCUA